AUCAUUAUAUUAUUAUCAUGUCUAGCAGAUUAUGUCUACAAUUUUUAUUGAAAAAAACAUUUAGAAAAAACCAAGUGGUAUUCAAUUUAUGCCAGAAUUAUUCAAGGAAAAUUGGUAAUAAUGGAGAUGGAGCCUAUAAACCUGUGAAACCUCGUCGAACAGUAGAGAAAGAUUCCACCAAUUUGGUAUGGAGGGAUCCUAGCUUCGAGUUGCUAGCUUCAGAUGGUUUUCCUCUUUUUUUAAGGGGUAAUAUUGGAGUUGCUUGGUAUGACACUCAAACAACUAUCAAAACCCAUCAGGAGUUGAUUAUGGAGCAAAUUGAAGAUAUGGGAGAUACAAGGGAAGCAAAUAUGAUUUGUCGUGUACAAAUUUGUCCUACCUUAUUAAGAGAGACUGUCAAAGAUUUAUUUCCUUAUAGAACUUUGGAAGAUCAUUCAGAACUCUCUGUGAUAAGCAUCUCUCUGAAGGCAAAUAUUCAGGAUAUGAGAAAAAAUAAGGAAUUGGAAACUGAGAAACUUGCACAAACUUUUCUUAUAGCUGCAAAAAAUGUUUGUGAUAAACUGAGGCAGUCAGGUUAUUGGGCAGACUUCAUCAACCCAUUUUCUGGUAGACCAUUUUUUACUCCAUCUGCUUUGAGGGAAUUAUAUCAGAAUGAUGAGAAAUUCAGAUGCCUAGAUUUUGAAAUAUUUGAAAUAAAGGAUUGUAAAAUAAUUUCUAAUGAAGAUAGUUCUCCAAAGAAUUUCACUGGUAGUCUGUUCACCAAUGCCCCAUGCAAGAAAAGUAAUUUGAAUUCAAUUUUCACUUAGUCUUAGAACUAGAAUUCUUUCUUGUUCAUAAAAAGUGCAACAUUAUCUGAUAUGUAAAUAUUUUGGGAAUAAAUGAUAUUUUUGGUUUCAUCAUUUUGUAUCCUCUUGCACCUCUU